UGGGGGGAACGGAGGUGAGCGGCGGUAGGAGGCAUCCUUUGCCCAUGAGGGCCUGAUGGAAAACACAAAGGACCUGACUGAAUAUUCUUCAAGAUCUGAAAGGAAGAGACGCGACUCAUUCGGGAUGUUUGAUGGUUAUGAUAGUUGCAGUGAGGAUACCAGUAGUAGCUCAAGCUCUGAUGAGAGUGAAGAGGAAGUUACUCCCUUACCCUCAAACCUCCCAAUUAUCAAGAAUAAUGGACAGGUCUACACAUAUCCAGAUGGCAAGUCUGGCAUGGCUACCUGCGAAAUGUGUGGGAUGGUUGGUGUCAGAGAUGCCUUUUACUCUAAAACCAAGCGUUUCUGCAGUGUUUCCUGCUCAAGAAGUUACUCAUCGAACUCUAAGAAGGCCAGCAUUCUGGCCAGACUUCAGGUAACGGGAAAACCUCCAACAAAGAAGGCUAAAGUGCUACAAAAACAACCUUUAGUUGCUAAAUUAGCUGCAUAUGCUCAAUACCAAGCAACGGUACAGAACCAAUCAAAGACUAAAACAGCGUCUGUUCCAGUGGAAGGUUUCAAUUGGGGCAACUACAUCAAUAGCAAUAGUUUCACAGCCGCUCCUGUUAACUGUUUUAAACAUGCACCUAUGGGGACUUGCUGGGGUGACAUCUCAGAAGGAGUGCGUAUAGAAGUCCCUAACACAGACUGCAGCCUACCUACCAAAGUCUUCUGGAUUGCUGGGAUCGUAAAAUUAGCAGGUUACAAUGCUUUACUAAGAUAUGAAGGCUUUGAAAGUGAUUCAAGUCUUGACUUCUGGUGCAACAUCUGUGGUCCUGAUAUCCAUCCGGUUGGUUGGUGUGCAACAAGUGGGAAGCCUCUAGUGCCACCUAGAUCCAUUCAACACAAAUACACAAACUGGAAAGCUUUUCUGGUGAAACGACUCACUGGUGCCAAAACUCUUCCUCCUGAUUUCUCUCAGAAGGUGUCAGAAAGCAUGCAGUAUCCUUUCAAGCCUUCUAUGCGAGUAGAAGUUGUUGAUAAAACGCAUCUCUGCCGAACACGGGUAGCAAUUGUAGACAGCGUAAUUGGAGGCAGGUUAAGAUUGGUAUAUGAAGAAAGUGAAGACAAAACAGAUGAUUUCUGGUGCCAUAUGUACAGCCCGCUCAUCCAUCCCAUUGGUUGGUCUCGAAGUAUAGGUCAUCGGUUUAAAAGAUCUGAUAUUGCCAAGAAACAGGACUGUCAUUUUGAUGCAUCCCCACAUUUAUUUGCUAAGGUAAAAGAAGCUGAGUCAAGUGGAGAAUGGUUCAAGGAGGGGAUGAAAUUGGAAGCUAUAGAUCCACUCAACCUUUCUGCAAUAUGUGUGGCAACAAUUAGAAAGGUAUUAGCAGAUGGAUAUCUUAUGAUUGGGAUCGAUGGCUCGGAAGCAGCAGAUGGGUCUGACUGGUUUUGUUACCAUGCCACCUCCCCUUCUAUAUUUCCCGUUGGUUUCUGUGAAAUUAACAUGAUUGAACUAACUCCACCCCGAGGUUAUGCAAAGCUACCUUUCAAAUGGUUUGACUACCUCAGGGAAACGGGUUCAGUAGCAGCCCCUGUGAAGCUCUUUAAUAAGGAAGUUCCAAACCAUGGAUUUCAUGUUGCAAUGAAACUGGAGGCUGUGGAUCUCAUGGAACCUCGUCUAGUAUGUGUGGCCACAGUAACUCGCAUUAUUCACCGUCUGUUGAGGAUACAUUUUGAUGGCUGGGAAGAUGAAUAUGAUCAGUGGGUGGACUGUGAAUCUCCUGACCUCUAUCCUGUAGGAUGGUGUCAGCUGACGGGUUACCAACUGCAGCCUCCGGCAUCACAAUCAUCAAGAGAUAGCCAGUCAAGCUCAUCAAAGCAGAAGAAAAAGUCAAAAUCGCAACAGUAUAAAGGACACAAGAAAAAGAGGAAGAUACCAGUUGGGAAGAAGCCUGUCAGUUUGUCGAACGUCCCCAUGACAGGUGGGGUACGGAGGAGCUUCUCUGGUGAUGAAGAGUUGACUCCUCAGUAUCGAACCCUUCCAGCACAGACAGCCCCGGAGGCCUGCCAGCCUCCCAGGACUAACAGAGAGUUCAGUCCCAGCCUCAAAACAGUAUCCUCACUGCAGCUGAAGGAGGAGUUGCUGGAUGGAGAGGAAUACAGCUUUUUUCAAGGAGCAUCUGAUCAGGAAAGCAAUGGGUCAGCCAGCCACUACAUCAAACAAGAACCCUAAGGCCAAUUCAGAGCAGGAUGGUACAAAAGAGCUUUUCUUCAAGACUGAUGUUCCCGUUCUGAUGAUACAGUUUGAUGGCUUCUACUAAGGGCACUUUGCUAACUGCAGACAAGAUUUCAAUUCAGAAUUUUUGGAGGACGUGGAAACUAUUUUAGUGAAAAAAGAUUUUUCAAUUUAUUAAAAAAAGACACUUGUGUUGUAUUUGAAGCUUUUAAAAGAAUUUUUGUAAUAUUUUCAAGUUCAAAUUUAUUGUGCAUUGUUAAAAAUGAGAUUCUAAUUUUUUGGUAAGAAUUAAAAGCUUAAUUAUAGCAGGAUUGCAGGAAACCCUUUGAGGAAGAUGAGGUGGUAAUAUAGUGGGGGAAAACAAAUGAACUGUUUGUAACAAGUGAGCCUUCUGGUACAAGCUGGGAGAUUCUGAAUUUAAAGCUCCACUAGUCAUACCCUGUCCUUUGGACUUGAGUUUUAGGGUGGUGAAAGCAUACCAAAAUAGGGUGAGAGAAUGGAGUCUGAAAAAAGGUUUAUCCUGGAAGUGGCAACACAGUUUUCAAGAGUCUGCUUAAGAUUGUGGAGAACCAAGCUGUGGCCCAAUCUUUGUGAAGGCCAUUGGGUCUGGACCGGAUACUGCUGCAUUGUGGUUUCCUGUUCACAUUUUUAAGUUUUGGGAUAUUCACGCAAUUGAUCAGCAAAGCUUCAGCAUGUUUCAGCUGGAUAGGUUUCAAGAUGGACAUGAGGUUGGGACACUUUUCUUGUGCAACAAAAAUGAAACAGACUCAAAGGGCCUUUUUCUACAGAAGCUUCAGCAGGCUUGUUUUCCAUCUGGUGGAAGACAGCAUUGGAAGAAGCAAAUAGAGGAAGACAAAGCAUUUUGCUUCCCUACCCAUUAGGAAGAGCUUUUAGCUUGUGAAUUGAACUGGCUUGGGACCUGCUUUGGGCCUCACAUUUUCUUUGACUUGGCUGCUGAUACCAUUUUAAAGCAAAAUGUUUUAGUGACUGGUGUGGCAAGAAUGCUGACUUAUAUGGAAUCUUUCCCCCAAGAGUUGAAACUAUGUGGAUAUUAGCAGAUGGUUUCAUUCUCAGAAUUUAACAUGCUGACAUUUCCACUCUGCGGUGUUGUGACAGGAUGAUGCGUGUCAAGAGUUUUGCUUUUACCAGUAAGGUUCAUUAACUAAACUCUCAGGAAUUAACUGUUUAUGUUCUAUAACUGCUUCUGGGUCAUAGCAGGUCCUCUUUAGAGCAGUAUAACUGUCAAAUUAUUGACUCUAGGGUAGGAUUUAGAAGAAAGUAAUCCUAUAGAUUAACCUCUACACCCUUUAAGCCUAAUGCUUAACACUAGCAACUCGCAAAGCCCCAGAGAUGAUUUUUUUUGGCAUAUAAAUGUUUUGGAAUUUUAAAAAAUGCAUAGAAAGUUGAAAACCAGCAAUUCUGAUUUUUUUCUUAAUUAUCUUGCUCUAUUGUUGGUGAUAUGCCAUUGGUGAUAUGCAAAGGUUUACCACAUUCUAUGCAAGAGGGGAUAAUGGUAUAAAAUUUUGUAGUAUCUACUGGAAGUACAUUUUUUCUGUACAGUAUAGGAAUGUAUGAGAACAACUUCUAUUUUUUUCAUAUAGCUGGGCCAUUUUUGACUGCUUCAUGUGAACACAUUUUUAAACUGAUUAUCAGGUGUCAAAUACUUGUGAACUUAGGUGGUAAUUAGAUAUUGUAUGUCCCUAAAAAGAUUACAGUCAUGAUCCCCAAAAGAGAUCUGGGCUGAGCUGGGCUGCAUUUUUUUUCCUGGAUAGAAUGCCCUCCCCCUUCCAAAAAUGCUGCAUUUCAGCUGUUUUGAAGCUUCCCCAGUUUACAAAGCAGCUCCUAAUGCCACAGAAGAGGGCUGUUCUUGGGGGAGGGGAGCAAAUGCUGUAUUUUUUGUGUGUGUACACAGCCACACAAAGGGGGUUCACUGGAUUUCAACCAGUCUUUCCAAAAGUCUUAAUAAAGACUGGCCUGAGAUCUCUUAUUUUUCUUUCCUUUCUGUAAUUUUUUUUCAGUCCUUAUGCCAGUGCCUCUCCGAAAGGAUGAUCCAUGUCAUCAGACGAGUUUUUUUUUCAGAAUGACCUAGAAGGCAAACUGAGACACCAGAUGGAAUUGUAACCAAGUAUUCUUCACAUUUUAAGAUAAACUGUCUCGGCAGGCCUGGCAAAAUCAAGAUUGUAGUGCUCAAGGGCCAGCAUGCUACACAUGUCACAGCACCUGACUUUGAAGGACUUAGUACAAGUAUUUCUUCUGAUUUUAGUAGGGACGUCUUGCAAAAUCUGUUCAACAUGAAAAAGAGAUACAGGACAAGGCCCAUGUUAGUGUCCUCUAUCAUGAGGAAAAGAAAGCCAGAGUGAGAUAUUUGUAUGUAAAUUGACACUGGUAUGGUCAUAGAAAUCCCAGCUUGAGCUUUGAACCAACACAACAUACCCUUUAGGCUGAGUUGCCCCCUUUUUUCCUGGCAAAAAUUCUGUAUCUUUAACCUCUUAGAAAUUCAGAAGAUACUUUAUCACUGCACAUUGUAUGUUUAGAAUACUUCACCUGUUGAAUUUCUGCUGGUCAUGCAGCUAUAAGGGCAUCGAGCCUUUGUCAGGAUCAAGGGCGGCAAUCCUCCUUCUACCUCUGUUGAAUAUGGCAGCUCCUGGAACAUCCAUAACCCCACUUAAUCCUUACCACAUCAGCCUAGAAAGUGAACUUGAACCAGUACCAGAAAGUCCUGCUGGACCUUAUCAGACCAAGAAUUGUGCUGCAGGGUGAUAAUGUUGGCUAGUGCUAUGUUGUCAGUCCUCAGGUUUUGGAGGUAGAUUUUAGAGGUGUUAAGUUGGUAGCACUGGUAAUCUUUGUUUUUCCCAUUUCUGCCUGUAGAAAUGAUUCCACAUCCUGAUACAUAAUGUGCAUAUGAUAGAAACUUUAAAUAUGGAAACAACUAUUCUUAAAAAUUGCUCCUAAUUUAAAAGCUAUGAAGCUUAUUUUUUAAAAAGUCCCUAUUCCAGUUUAGUUGCCUGGGAUUAUUUUUUGUUUCUUCAGUGUUGAUUCUAAGCAACAUUUAUUUGUGGCCUCUUAAUACAGCAGAUGACUGGGUGACAGUGAGCUUUCUUAGUAUCGAGUUUAAUUGCUUUGGUAUGCAUGCAUUUUUGUAUAAUUUAGCUCUGAGAACAUUCUUUUUAUUUUACUGUGAACUAAUUAAUGCAAACAAAUUGGGAUUGUGUCAGGGGGGAGUUGGUCAGGGAUUUGACGCCUGUAAUGAUGCUAAGGGUCAGCUUAUUUCAGUAUUCAGCACAUAGCAAAUUUUUUUAAAACAAGGCGGCACCACAGAGAAGGUAAAGUUACGCUGUAAGUGCUCCUUUUUACAGCUCAACAUUUUAUAGCUGGCCGUUUUUUAUGUUUAAAAUUCCUUGCUGAAUCUGAGAAAAGCAAAAGCAGUGAUCAGUUUCUUGUUCUAUUGAUACUAACACGGGUUUCAGUGUUUGUUUGUUUUUAUUGUUGUCAUUUUUAUGUGAUGUGAACACCUUCUCCCAUCAAUAUUUGUAUUAUGGUGCUAAUAUAUUUGGUAACAAUCCUUUAUUGGAAAGGGAUUAAAACUGUGAUUAAAUUGAUUUUUUCUUUUUAAUUUUCAUAUUUAAGUAAAGUCUCAGCCAUUUAUAAAAAAAGAAAAAAAGCAUCAACUUUUGCCACUGGAAAAACUAUCAGGGCAGAAGUUUUUUAAAAAAAGUUGAAUAGGGUUUUUACAUCAUUUCUGUAUGUAUUUGAUAUAGAUCAAUAUCUGUAUAAAUUUAAUCUUUUAUUUUCUGGUAACUUGUGUGGUCAAAUGGGAGCGUUUUAAAACCUCUAAUGAAAUGUAUAUAACUCAGUGAAAAAUGCUUUUGAAGAAAUUAAUGUUACUUUCAUUUUUAUCAGACUGCAGAUUUUCAAGCAUGGAUGUGAAAAAGCAUUAAAAAAUAUAACUU